AUGGAGCUCAGAGUCGGGAACAGGUACCGGCUGGGCGGGAAGAUCGGCAGCGGCUCCUUCGGAGACAUCUAUCUCGGUGCGGACAUUGCUGCAGGAGAAGAAGUUGCCAUCAAGCUUGAAUGUGUCAAAACCAAACACCCUCAGCUCCACAUUGAAAGCAAAAUCUACAAAAUGAUGCAGGGAGGAGUGGGCAUCCCCACCAUCCGGUGGUGUGGGGCGGAGGGGGACUACAACGUCAUGGUGAUGGAGCUGUUGGGGCCGAGCCUGGAGGACCUGUUCAACUUCUGCCCAAGGAAAUUCAGCCUCAAAACUGUCCUGCUGCUUGCUGACCAGAUGAUUAGUCGCAUCGAAUACAUUCAUUCGAAGAACUUCAUCCACCGAGUUGUGAAGCCAGAUAACUUUCUCAUGGGGCUGGGGAAGAAGGGCAACCUGGUCUACAUCAUCGACUUUGGGCUGGCCAAGAAGUACGAUGCCAGGACCCACCAGCACAUCCCCUACCGUGAGAACAAAAACCUCACCAGGACAGCGCAGUAUGCCUCCAUCAACACGCAUCUUGGAAUCGAACAAUCUCGAAGAGAUGACCUGGCGUCACUGGGCUAUGUGCUCAUGUACUUCAGUCUGGGCUCUCUGCCCUGGCAGGGGCUGAAGGCAGCCCCCAAGAGGCAGAAGUAUGAGCGGAUUAGCGAGAAGAAGAUGUCCACCCCGAUCGAAGUGCUGUGUAAAAGCUACCCCUCUGAGUUUGCCACAUACCUGAAUUUCUGCCGCUCCUUGCGUUUUGACGACAAGCCUGACUACUCCUACCUGAGGCAGCUCUUCAGGAAUCUCUUCCACCGCCAGGGCUUCUCCUAUGACUACGUGUUCGACUGGAACAUGCUCAAAUUCGGAGCCAGCCAGGCCGCUGAUGACUCUGAGCGGGAGCGCCGGGACCGAGAGGAGCCGCUGAGGCACUCCCGAAACCCAGCCGCCCACGGCCUCCCCUCCACGGCCUCUGGCCGCCUGCGGGGCACCCAGGAAGUGGCUCCUCCCACCCCCCUCACCCCUACCUCACAUACUGCUAACACCUCUCCUUGGCCCGUGUCCGGUGUGGAAAGAGAGCGGAAAGUGAGUAUGCGGCUGCACCGCGGCGCCCCUGUCAACAUCUCGUCCUCCGAUCUCACAGGCCGGCAAGACACCUCCCGCAUGUCCACCUUACAGAUUCCCGGUCGGGUGGCUUCCAGUGGUCUUCAGUCUGUGGUGCACCGAUGAGAACUCUCCUUUUUGCUGUGAAGGGCAGACAAUGCAUGGCUGAUCUACUCUGUUACAAUGGCUUUACUAGUGACGCGCCCCCAGGUCUAGA